UUUUUUUUUUAUUUUUAUUUAUUUAUUUUUUUCCGCCGUCCCAAAUACAGGGACCGCGCGUGGUUGGUGUUUUCGCGUUUUUUUUUUUUUUUAAAGGGUGUAGUCUGUAAUACACACACCUUUUUUUUAUAAUUAACAUGUCCAACAAUCUAUUUGAUUUAACUGGAAAAGGUGGAAAGAAAAGUGGACAAGAAGACCUCUUUUCAAAUACACCUCAACAUUACAAGAAGGCCGAUUUUGACUUUACAAGUCAUUCGCAACCCCUCAUGAGACAAGAUGGAGCAGGUCCUUCUACCCUAAGUCAGUCACAACCCAUGCUUUCCCAUUCGCACGAUCCUUUAGAGAUGUCUACUUUACACAUGAAGGCUCCUCCUUCUCUUCCUCUUCAACAGCAACAGCAGCAGCAGAAACAACAAAGAGAGACAGCAGAUAUGGUAGCCUACUAUAAACGUAAACUGGCCACGACAACAAAUCCCACCAGUGGUGGUGGGGACGGGUACAAGGGUUCAGCGGACAUCUAUCAUCGACCCGUGGAUCGUGAUUAUGGUUACAGACCUACGAAUAACUAUGUACCUCCUGAUUAUAAUUAUCGUGCUGGUAGAGUGGAUCAUGCUAGAGAAUCCGAAUUGAAUAUGACCAUUGCCCAUUUAACAGAAAGAUUGAAAAAGUCGGAAGCUGAAAAUGAAGAGAAGAACAAGACCAUUGCAGACUUGGAGGAAAAAGCAAAACGGGCUUCUUUAAGACAUCAUGAAUUAGUAGCAUUAUACAAAAAGGCUAAUGAAGAUCAAUAUCAAGACUACUUAAGGAUGCAAAACAAGUACAAUGAAACAAUGCACCAGUUUAUUCGUGAGCCUACGAUGACGGUUGCUGAUAAGAGCGAAAAUCAAGCUGAAGCUAAUGUACAAAAAUUAAUGAAAUUAUUGACUGCACUUGACGUAAUUGAACAAAGUGAAAGCAAGAUGGGGACGAGCUUUUUUUGUGUCAUUCAUGGUGUUCUCAUGGAUUUUAAAUUUCAUAUUGAGCUCCCUCAUGAUGUGACAAAGGAAGUGGAAUAUAUACCUUAUCAAGUGGCACAACUUUCAGUGGAAGAAAAGGGUCGUUUACCUGAAUUCUUAUUGGGUUCAAUCACGUUUAGUUUGGAUGUAUUACCUAAAGUAUUUUGGCGACUCUCUUCUGCUCUUCAACGUACAAAAUAAGCAUGUGUGUAUUUAAAAGAUUAAAAGAAAAAUUGUUCUACGGAAAUAAUACAUGUGAGAAAUGCAGGGAGGCCAGCCUUAUAA